AUGCCACUCUUAGGUAAGAAGAUUUUCGUCAGUGCGAAGCCUCUGAAGGAUAUCCGAUCAGAUGAGAAAGUCUACACCGUCACACAUUCUAAGGAACAGUUCCGAUCACAGAAAGAGUUUGAUGAGCGAUCUGCCUGGUAUAACGAACGUAUAUGGACUUGUCGUGUUACUGGUCACACCAGUCUGACUCAUCAGGAAGCCUGGAAUUCUGAGAAAAUCGUCUUCAAGUCUCUGAAGCAGCAGUUCCCGAGUUUUCACCAUAAACCUGUUUUGGAACUUGUUCAUCAUAGUACCUUGACAUUGGAUACGCUUGUUGAUCAAGCUUGGCUUUUACUACAACAGGUCCUGUCUGUUGGCGAAACAGUGACUCUGAAAGUCAAAUCAGCAGGGAAAUUGAUAAAAGGUCACGUUAUCAAAAUCAACAAAGCUGGUAUUGAAGCAAAUCCUACAAGUAAUUGUAACUCGCCUUCAAGUGACAAGGAAAAUUCUGCGGAGGAUAGUAACAGCUCGCCACAGAAAUGGCUGCCUCCAAAGUUGCUGCCCUACAAGUACAGUCUGCGUUUAGAAGAAGAAGACAAAGUCAUUAAUGAAAUUCCAGCUGUGGACAUCGGUCGACAGGAGAAAGUGCCGUCCAAAGAGUUACUAAGGUUUUUUAUCCGAGCCAAUGCCCUGAGGGUAGGGCAGAACCAGACAAGUCCAUGGGUGGUGGAUGAAAUCCGGGUCAAAGAAUUUGGUCUACCCAACAAAUUUGCUCACUUCUUGCUCUCUCCUAUCAAAACAGCAGAAAUGAACAACAAAGUUGAGAGUGAACCUGUUUCUAAAAAACGAAAACUCUCCUUACAACCUGGUUCAGCCUCAAAGAAGGCAAAGAUUGACAAGGUCAACAGUGCAAAGAAAAACAAAGACAAUGAUAAAACAAAACAGACAAAGUUAACUGGAUCAUCUCUUAAAAAGUCCUCAUCGGUGACAAAAUUGAAAAUCAGUGACAAAACUUCUCCUAAAAAGUCGCCUAAAAAGUACAAGACUCCUGAAAUAAUAGAAUUAGCCACAGACUCUAGCAGUGACGAGGAUUGUCCUCUGGCAAAGCUCCAAAUUUCACCAACAAAAAACAAAUCUCCAACAAAAAAAUCAUCACCGAAAAAAGAAAUGAAGACAUCAUCAUCACAAAAGAAGGACACCAAAAAAUCAUCUAAAAAGGAAAAGGACAAGAAAAAAGCUCCGAAGAAAACCAAAAAAUCUCAACUGGACAAGAAAAAAACAAACGACAGCAAAAGUACCCCAAAUAAAAGGAAGGUCAUUGAUUUGGAUAGUGACGAUGAUCAGCCGUUGUCAAAGCUGAAACAGUCUCCUAAAAAGAGUAUGAAGCAGAUGACACUCUUUGAAAUGUCAAAAAAGAAAGGAUUGAAAACUCCAGAAAAGAAAAGGUCAACGUGCAAUAACAGCAACACACCAGAUAAAGGAGCAAAGACGCCAGACCGAAAGAAAGUGAUGUCACCACCAAGGACUCCUGCUAUAGUGUCCAAGAUGGUUCGAGCUCACAAGAUGGAGGACCAGGCCAAGUUUAAAUUGUUUGUACAACAGGCCGCUAAAAUUCUCACUUCACCACAGAGGAAACGUUUACCACCGCAGAUCAAGGAAAGUGUGGAACGCAAAUAUGAGCUCCUUGCUGAAAAAAAGAAAUUGAGCCGCAUGACACCCGAACAAAGAGAAGCUUAUAUGAAGGAAAAGCAGGAAAAUUUGAAACGAAAACGUGAUGAAAGGAAACAGGAGAUGAAGGAGAAAAACAAAGAAAGAUUGAGAGAGUUAAAAAAGAAAUAUGAAGAUCAAACCCUGACAGGGAAGCCACUUCCUGCUCCUAAACUUGUUCCUACUCCUGAUGGAUUUCCUAAUGAGAUGUUUGGUGAUGUGGCUUUGGUUGCCGAGUUCAUCAGCUGUUACUCUGGCUUACUGAUGCCAGAUGAAAAUUACCCCAUACGCACUGAUGCACUGAUGAAAGCCUUGUCCAGUGGAAAUGAAGGGUUCACCUAUCUGUCGCGUGCCUUAGUGGUUCUUCUUCAGACUCUAUUGCAGGAUGAAAUUGCAGAGGAUUACCAGGAGAUCCGCGUACCUCUGUCAGACAUUCCUGUGAAUCCCUGUACGGCAUCUGAAUUGACUCGGCUCUGUCUCCGACGACAGGAUGACAAUGAUAAUGCCUACGAGGAUGAAGAAGAUGUUGAAGUUUCUGAUGCCUUGCUACAGCUGCUGGAGUCACAAGAGUUAUAUCAAUUAGAUCUGGCCCAGAAGAUACAGAUUCUGAAAGGUCUGUGUCAGAGGAUCAUGGGGACUUAUUCCGUACAGGACUACAUGGAAGAGAAACAAACAGAGGCCUCUAAACUAUGGAGGAAGAGACUUGCGGUGCUUAAAGUAAAGAAUACAGAAUUAAAGAAAGAAAAGGAACAGAGUAAAAAAGAGAAAGCUGAACAGGCUCAGAAAGAACCAGAGAGGAAUAAAACAAAGGAGGACAAAUCAAGUAAUAGUUUGACUAUAUCUCACUUCUAUGGUCAGACAUCUGCUGAUCAGAGUGACUCUUCAAAGCCUGCCACUCCUGAACCUAUUUCUGCAGACUCUACAGAGGAUGGAGAUGACUUGGCUUCUGUAGUGAAACGACGUCGCAUUAAUGCUGCGAAAGCUGCUGCUGAGAAAGAACAGCGACAAUAUGAAACCAGAAAACAGAGAGAAAAAGAAUAUGAAGAAUACAGGAAACAGAAACAGAGAGAAGACUUUGAAAAAGAAUUUGUUAAUGGAAUAACCCUUGCUAAGUCUGUACUUCGCCAUACACCCGUAGGGACGGACAGGAAUCACAGUCGCUACUGGGUUUUCUCUGGGGUAACUCCUGGCCUCUUCAUAGAGAAAGGCUGGGUGAAUGAGAACAUUGAUUACUGCACUAGAAAGGCAGGGUCGUCUAAUUGGGAGAGCGAUGACUCCGACACUUCAACUAACACAGGAAGUAAGGAUGAAGAGCGACGAAAUCGAAAUAUUGAAACUACAAUUCCACAUUGUGGUCAAAAUUUAUGGUUUACCUACUCCAAUAAAACAGAAGUGGAUGAAUUGUUAGACAGCCUCCAUCCACAAGGCUACCGAGAGAGUACACUGAAGAAAGAACUCCAGAACCGAUACGCAGAUAUAUGUUUAGGUGUUAAUCAGAGUAAAAGAGCUGUGUGUGAGCUGAGAGAUUCUGAUGGUGACAAAGAAAUGUUGGAUGGAUUCAGACAGGAACUUUUGGAUACAGAGACAAAAUUGCGCUAUGGCGGAUUAGGAGGGGUAGAUAACUUUGAUACUUGGGAAUCUGGACUUGAGACAGCAUCAGAUGUUUCAGAAUUUGCUAAACUGAUGAUUGAGACACAAGAAAACGUAUCCAAGAAAUUCCUUCAGGGAAUUAUGGGUGAAAGGAAGAAGAAAGCAAAGGUGACAGAGAUGACGGAAGUGAAAGAAGAGAAAGAAGUAGAAGAGAAUGAAGAGGAAGAGAAGGAGAUAGCUGGAAUAGUAGAGUGGCGUGAAGCUGUAGAGAGUGCGUCAACGUUGUCCCGACUUCAUGUCCUCAUGGGUAUUCUAGAUAACAGUAUCAAAUGGGAAAAAUCAGCAGAGAACGCAAAAUGUAAAAUAUGCCGGAAAAAGGGAGAGGAACAGAAACUGUUAUUGUGUGACGAGUGUAAUCAGCCUUUCCAUAUGUAUUGUCUCAGACCAGCUCUUGUGGAGAUACCAAAAGGAGACUGGUUCUGUGCCUCUUGUAUGCCUCAGAACCAAAGAAGGAAAUCUCGAGUGUACAACGUUGACUAUGAUGAUCAAAGAAGAAAAGGGAUUGAUGGGUACACCAGCGACUCCAAUGACUCAUUGUGUGGAGAGAUAGAACAUGAAGAGAAUUGUGCAGAAUGUGGUGGAGACGAAGGUCUCAUCUUUUGUUCUGAAUGUCCCACGGCGUACCAUCUGGAGUGUCAUGACCCACCGUUGAGGCAUCCUCCUAGAGGAAGAUGGGUAUGUACAGAAUGUAAAACUGGAGUGAAAAGAAAUUCAAGGUCAAGGACGAAACGGAAAGUUGCAAAGAAAUCAGGCAAAGCUGCUCCAAAAAGAAAGAAGUAUGUCGAAUCAUCUGAUGAAGGAGGGGAGGAGGAGGAUGAGGAAGAAGAUGAAAGUGAAGAAGAGGAGGAGGACGACGAGGAGGAAGGAGACACACCAAGGAAAGUUGGACGCAGACAGAAAUCUACAAAGUCCGGGCCAGGCAGAAAGCCAGGCUCCGCCAAUAAAAAGGAUAAAUCUCGCUCUUCUGUUGGCAGUAACUCAAGUUUCAAUGAUGGUAGAACAUAUACUUCUAGACGGGCACCAUCAGAGCUGUCUAUAUGUGAACAGAUCAUAGGUGAUAUUAUGAAGAUGGAAUCUUCCUGGCCGUUCUUACUCCCAGUCAGCAAAAAAGAUGUACCUGAUUAUCAUCGUAUUGUGAAACAUCCUAUGGAUCUUCAGCUGGUCAAAGACAAACUCAAGUGUAUGGUGUAUGGUUCUGUGGAGGAAGUCAUCGAGGACGUCAAACAGAUUUUCAUUAAUGCUGAGUUGUAUAAUAAGAUUGGAAGUGAAGUGUUGGAUUGUAAGGAUGAUGUAGAAGAAAACUUUGCCAAUUUAAUUAAGAAGAACUUACCUAUGUGCCUGUAUGCUCGAGUAAAGAAUAGCCAAGCAUGAUGAAAAUAAUGGAUAUUUAUGGACAAUCUUGCUGACAGUAAUACAGUAAUAGCAACUUAAACAGCCAAGUGCACUGACAAUGACGAAUAUUAAUAGGCAAGCUUGUUAACAUUAGCGUGUGAUGAAAAUAUUGAAUAUUAUUAGGCAAGCAUGCUGACAAUUACAAAUAUUAAUAGACACGCUUGCCAACAAUAGCAAUCUAAAACAGCCAAGUGUGCUGAAAACAAUGGAGACUUAUAGACAAGCUUGCUGACAAUAAUGAAUGUUGAUAAUCCAAUACAGCUGCAAAUUCCUGAGCUCGAAUAUCAUAACUUAUCAGAACACUCUUUGAUAUCUAGACUUUUUAUGAAACUGUCCAAAUAUUUUGUCAAAUCGCCCAGGAAUAUCAAUGAUGUGUGGUUUGUAAUUCACUAACUCGGAGCGAGUCCAUGGCAUAUAAGUAUGGUCAGCUUAAUUUAGACUGCUGACAGGAGGUGUAGAAGCUUUAGAAAACUCCUAAGGAUAUCACGUAGACAUCCUGGUAGAGGAUAAUCGUUCUUUUUGAUUGUUAUCAGUUAAGGACCUCAGUUCAUGUGAAACAUCAAAUUUCCUGGUGAGAUGGCUUCGAUAAAUAGAUUUUUUAUCUCUUUGAAGAUAAAAUGAUAUCUUUAUUUCACUUUUUC